CAGCCAGCGCCGCGUUGUUGACAGUUGAGCAGCAGAAUGAGAAGAAAGAGCGACGAGUUGAAGCAGCGGAGCGGCUGCUGACGGUUCAUGCUCGCUCUUGCAGCUCCACACAGAAUGAGCCGCGAUGAAGAGACCAAAGCUGGCCGGAGUGUUCCUCUUCGUGGGCUGCCUGCUCGGCUACCUGAUGUUUGUGAAGAACCACUACUCUGCCUCCAAGCCCUACAGGUUACCUCCCCACCAUCGGACAGGAGAUGGUAGGACCGCCGCCGCCGCUGGGCGGAGCUUCCAGUACGGCAUCAUGUUCGACGCUGGCAGCACCGGGACCAGAGUCCACAUCUUCAAGUUCCAGAUGGAGAGCCGAGAAACUCCUAGACUGGACCAUGAGACGUUCAGAGCCAUCAAACCUGGACUGUCUGCCUACGCUGAUGAGCCGCAGAAGUGUGCUGACGGCAUCCUGGAGCUCCUGCAGGUGGCCAAGUCCAACGUCCCACCUUCAUCCUGGAACUCCACCCCGCUGGUCCUGAAGGCCACGGCCGGCCUCCGCCUGCUGCCUGGAGAGAAGGCUCAGCACCUGCUGGACACGGUGAGGGCGCUGUUCCUGGAAUCACCUUUUCUGUCCAGAGACGACAGCGUUUCCAUCAUGGACGGAACCGAUGAAGGGAUUUCUGCUUGGAUCACCGUCAACUUCCUCACUGGGGGUCUUCAUGGUGCUCGCUCGCCCACAGUGGGGAUGCUGGAUCUGGGCGGCGGUUCGACCCAGAUCACCUUCAGCCCUCAGGAUGAGGUAAGGCCGAGCGAGGAGCUUCCUCUCUCUCCUCAGACAACCAGGAUGGCUCCAUUUAGAGGCUUUAAUCUAGAACCGAUAAUCCCAAACACACACCCUCAGAGCUAUCUGGGUCUGGGCCUGAUGUCGGCUCGACUCGCCGUCCUGGGAGGCGUGGACGCUCCGCCCCGGGGCAGCACUGAGCUGGUCAGUCCUUGUCUUCCUCCUGAGUUCUCCGGCAGCUGGGAGCACGCUGACAUCAUCUACACUGUGAGGGGACAGAAAGCAGGGGAGCCAGUUUACCAGGCGUGCCUCACCAAAGUGGAGAAGGUUCUGUACAGGAAGGUGAUGAAGGCGUCGGAGGUGACGGACACGGACUUCUACGCGUUCUCGUAUUACUACGACCGAGCCGUGGACCUCGCCGCCAUCGAUGAGCAGCAGGGAGGAACCAUCACCGUGUCCACGUACAUCGACGCCGCCAAAAGAGUGUGCAGCGGUUCUUCCGUCAGUCCUCUGCAGAGUCCAUUCCUCUGUCUGGACCUGGUCUACAUCUCAGUGCUGCUGCAGGAGCUCGGAUUCCCCCCCAGCAAGCAGUUCAAGCUGGCCAGAACCAUCAACCAGGUGGAGACCAGCUGGGCUUUAGGAGCCACGUUCCACUACAUGGAGUCCCUGAAGAACCUCUGAGACUGUAUAAGCUGCACAGAACCAGAGAGGACAGGAUGUUCUUCUGGACCACGUGACCUCAUGGAAACACUCCACAAACACACUGACACUCUGCUGCUGGCUCUUCAGUAACACGUCAUUUCUCCACCUGGUUCCCUUAAACUUGGUACUAAAUCAGUGUUUGUAUGCAGUUUGUUCAUAGUUUGUACUGAUGAUGAAUGUUGGUGCCAAAACUCAUGUUACUGUCUCCGGUUUUCUCCUCGCAGCCCAGACUGGCUGCAAAAUAUCAGUGUUCAGAAAACAGCUCAUCCAGACCACAGCUCGGUCAGUGAGUCCCAGAUAGAAGCUAACUAGUCAGCUAAAGUCCCAGACAGAAGCUAACUAUUAGGCUAAAGUCCCAGACAGAAGCUAACUAUUNGGCUAAAGUCCCAGACAGAAGCUAACUAUUAGGCUAAAGUCCCAGACAGAAGCUAACUAUUAGGCUAAAGUCCCAGACAGAAGCUUCUGUCUGGGACUUUAGCCUAAAUAGUUUAGCCAAAUAGUUACAACUAUUUGGCUAAAGGCACAUACAGAAGCUAUCUAGUCGGCUAAAGUCCCAGACAGAAGCUAACUAUUUGGCUAAAGUCCCAGAUAGAAGCUAGCUAUUCGGCUAAAGUCCCAGGUAGAAGCUAACUAGUGGGCUAAAGUCCCAGACAGAAGCUAACUAGUGGGCUAAAGUCCCAGACAGAAGCUAGCUAGUGGGCUAAAGUCCCAGACAGAAGCUAACUAUUAGGCUAAAGUCCCAGACAGAAGCUAGCUAUUCGGCUAAAGUCCCAGACAGAAGCUAACUAUUUGGNCUAAAGUCCCAGACAGAAGCUAACUAUUAGGCUAAAGUCCCAGACAGAAGCUAGCUAUUCGGCUAAAGUCCCAGACAGAAGCUAACUAUUUGGCUAAAGUCCCAGACAGAAGCUAACUAUUAGGCUAAAGUCCCAGACAGAAGCUAGCUAUUCGGCCAAAAGUCCCAGAUAGAAGCUAACUAGUGGGCUAAAGUCCCAGACAGAAGGUAACUACGCAGCUGAAGUCACAGAUUGAUGCUGACUACGCAGCUAACAACCUCGCUAAAGUCAGAAGCUACACCGUCAUCAGGAGCAGUAACUACAGAAAGAGUGAAAAAGAGAGAGAAUUUAGCAAACCUGCAGUGAUUAUAUAUUUGUGUAACUUUAUGGGAUGAUUAUGAGUUUGGUAAAAAUAGAAUUUGUAUGUUUGGACCUUCUUAAAGAUGACGUCUAUGCUAGACUAGUUAGCUCUUAGCACCACUGUGUUGUUUCUCUCCACUGUGAUCAGAUUUAGAUGUGCUUCGUCUGUUUCAGCUUCAGCACAUUCUGAUUCUGGGACUUUAACAUGUACAAAAGUAAUUGUUCUGUUCCCAAAACAUCUGUUAGCUUCACAGAUGGCUACUAGCUCUUGCUAGUUAGCGUUAGCUGAGACUAGUCCUCCUGUUUCUGGAUGAGCUGCUGAUACGUUCAGGAUACAUUCACGUUAAUUUGCAUCCAACGUUUCUGAACAGAAUAUAAAUGAGUGAAUAUUUCUGCUCUAAGUGAAACCAGUGACCUCUGAACUGGAUCUUUUCUGUUGAAUCGACAGCGACUCGGAUUGUUUUCUACUCUGAAGGAUGGUGUUACGGUUGCUAUGGGGACGCUUUGUGCCAAAUCUAUAAACCAGUUGGUUCACAUCAUUUCCCACAAACUGUCCGGAUCCGUUCUGAACCAUCAGCUGCUGUUCAGCUGAAACUACUCGAGGUUUGAUAAAGAACCGAAUUUUGAGGAAAGUUUUGAGGGAAUCGACUGUAAAUUAAAGUUUUCUAACCUCUGCAAUAAACACGUGAAUGUUUCUGAGCUGCUGAAGGUCAAAUAAAGACGAUUUUUAUCAGUGACUAA